AUGCGUUCCGCGUUGUUGCUUGUUACUCUGGCCUUUAGUGCCGCUGCAUCCUAUCACUCAAUCGAUCAGUCCCGCGUGGUCAACAUCACAUUAGCACCUGUCGUGACUCACGGCAUCAUCACCGGCGUUUCUGGCCAAUACACAAUCAACUAUGCCACCAAGGCAAACGAGACCUUAGUUGAUAUCCCUCUCAGCCUCGCCGGCAAACCGACAGCCCGCUACGAUACCAAAACCCUUACAGCAACGGAUGGGAAGGGAAGUCUCAGGCUGCUGACAUCGGAGGCGACGGACGCGGAUGGGCAGCCUACACGGUACUUCCGCACGACUCGAGCCACGCAAGGCCCCGUCACUGUGCGAUUCACGGCCAAGCCCAACACGGACUUCCCUGCGCACAUCGGGCCGCUGUUUGACCUCCGACAGCAGGGCGAGAAUAACGGCGGAGGCAUCGUCGGCGCCAAUUGGGCAUGGCUCCCCGGUGUGGCAAGCACAACGCUGGACUACCAGUUUUCCCUUCGUUGGGACCUCGAGGAUGCCCCUGGUGGAACCACCGUGGCAUGGACCUGGGGAGAGGACACUGGGCCCUUCUACAGAAGUGGCACCCGCGACGAUAUCCUCUACACGUACUUUGCGGUGGGCCGGCUGAGUCGGUUUCCCGCCCCUGGUGCACCUCCCACGAACUCACGGAACGAGUUUGGAAUGUACUGGAUGGAUCAGCCCUCCUUCAACACCACUGAUCUGGGAAAUUUUGUCAACGACUUUUUCAACGUGAGCACCACCUUCUGGCGGGACCACACAGACCAACCAUAUCGCGUCUUUGUCCGACGUAACGGACCCCCAGAGUACGGAAGCGGGGGUACUGCUCUCACGCGGUCGUUCAGCUUUGGCUGGAACCCCACCAAUGUGACGGAGCAGACGAGUUUGCGACUCUUGAUCGCGCACGAAAUGACCCACAACUGGGCUGUGAUGCCGGGGGCAAGCGCCUUGAUCUCGCGGUGGGCGGAAGGCAUGGCCGAGUUUUACUCGUUGCGCUUGUUGUGGCGUGCACACCUGCUUUCCACGUCGCGGUAUGUGCAGGGGAUGAACAACCGCCUGGCCUCGUACUAUGCUAAUACGUACAUCAACGCGACAGACUUUGAGGCGUACGAGCAUGCCUGGGAUUCGAGAGAUGCGCAGACGAUCCCCUACGGCCGGGGGCUGAUUGAGCUGGCCAACAUUGACGCUGCGAUGCGGAACCAGUCCCACGGCACGCUGGGCCUCGACGAUUUGACACACCACAUGCGGCAGUUGUGUGAGGAUUCUCCCUCCGCCUGUACCCCUGCGCGCUGGGUAAACGUGACGGCAGAUUAUCUCGGUGCCUCGGCUGUUACAGAGUACAAUAGGAUAACGUCGGGAAGUUCGCUACUUGUCCCGGUUAAUGGCAGCUUGGGACCUUGCUUUGACGUUGUCAAGACAAGAACUUCCCCCGAGACGUGGGCGUGGAAGGCAAAGCAGGGCAUUGAUACGUCAAGCGAGGCUUGUACCAUUUAG